UAACAUUAUCUUAAGGGAGGAAACUGCAAAAUUUAGGGUUUCUUUGCAUCUCUCCCGUCGGCUCCUCCCCUCCCAAGUCCCACCUCACCUCUCCUCCUCGCGAAGUAUCGGCGGCGGCGAGCGCGGCAGGCUAGGUCAACUCGAUCCUUCUUUCCCCACUGACCGAUCUGGCAAAACCUUGUCUACGUUGGUUGAUGUGUGUGCUUCGUCCAAUCUCGCAGAGCCUCGUUGCUGAGGAGGGGAGAUGGCGGGUAUGGGCGAUAUGCCGAUGAGGCCUGCGCGGCCGGGCCCGCCGAUGCAGCACCGUGGUCCGCCCCCGAUGGCGCGCCUCCGCCCCGAACCAAUCGACCGCGAGAAGACCUGUCCUCUGCUGCUCAGGGUUUUCACAAGGGUUGCUGGUCACCACCAAAAUGAAGAGUUUGCAGUGAGAGGGAAGGAACCAAAGGAUGAAGUUCAGAUUUACACAUGGAAGGAUGCGACCCUCCGCGAGCUCACUGAUCUUGUGAAAGAGGUUGCUCUUCCAGCAAGAAAAAGGAAUGCAAGGCUUUCUUUUGCAUUUGUAUACCCAGACAAGAAUGGUCGUUUUGUUGUCAGACAGGUGGGUUCGACCUUCGCUUACGGUCAUGGAAGAGGCGACGAUGCCAAAACUCUUGCAGAGCUCGGAUUCCAGAUCGGUGAUUACUUGAGCGUUGCAAUCAUGUAGACGGUGCCCGCACCGGAUGUAAUUGCUGUGAUGUCAAAAGGGCUCUGGUUGCAACAGUAAGGCAUGAUUCUCUGUUAGCACUAGGAACUGCAACCAGAAUUGUCUGUAAUACCGGUAGUAUCAAAUUUACCUAGACACUUCGAACGAGCAAGGCGUCUGUAAUACCGGUACUUACCUGUGGUGCCUGGAGCUUCCAAAUCUGGAUAGCGUGGGUUUUUCAUUGAGAAUGUUAAGUUGGCUCGGGUUCCUAUGAAGUCAAACACAGGAAAGUUUGCAUCUUGGAGCCAGACCAGAGUUUGCAUCUUGGAGCCAGACCAGUUGGGCAAAUUUUGUUUC